AUGGCAGAACAAGGACAAGAUUAUAUUGAUGAACUUAAACACGUGAUGGGUAUAUCGAAACCGAAAUUUGUGUUCUGUUCUCCUCAAGCAUACAGCGUCCAUGAAAAUCACUUAAAAUUAUUUCUCGAAGUAAAAAACGUAAUUUUAUUUGGCGAGAGAAAACAAAAUGAUGUAUUGUUAUAUAAUGACUUAACAACAACAAAGAGUGUAACCUUGGAAGAAUUCAAAGCAGUUGACGUAAAGGGUGAAACGGAUACCCUUUUUAUCUUAUAUUCAUCAGGGACAUCCGGCUUUCCGAAAGGCGUUAUGCAGACUCAUUUGAAUGUCUUGGCUGCGUGUAAUCUGCCUUCUACUGUUGAGCCAGAUACAUCAAUGCUUGUAGUCACUCCCUGGUAUCACACGAUGGGGUUGAUUGGGACGUUGCGGUGUUUUUCAAAGGGCACAUCACUCGUCUUUAUGCAAAAGUUUGAUGUGGAGUCUUAUUUAAAUACAAUUGAACUGUAUAAGAUUAGCCAGCUAACUGUGGUCCCGCCGUUACUAGUCGCACUUUGCAAACAUCAAUCCCAUCAUGAUGUUAGUUCGGUCAAACUGAUAUACUCCGGUGCAGCACCUCUCCACAGCGAUACUAUUAAAGCUGUACGAGAAAGAUUUCCAAAGGUAAAAGCGGUAUUACAAGGCUAUGGAUUGACUGAAUCAACUCUUGGAGUUACGCGGGAUACUUAUGAAAUGGCGCACUUAGCAAAGCCAGGUGGAGUUGGAUACAUCGUCAAGAACACUGUUAUAAAGAUUGUGGAUAUAAAAACGGGAAAAGUCUUAGGUCCAAACCAGACAGGUGAAAUAUGCGUAAAAGGAGUCCUGAUAAUGAAAGGCUACAUAGGAGAGGAACAUAAUAGCGGUGAUUAUUUCGACGAAGAAGGUUUUUUCAAAACUGGCGACAUCGGUUACUAUGACGACGAUAAAUAUUUUUUUAUUGUAGAUCGACUUAAAGAACUUAUAAAGUACAAAGCCUAUCAGGUGGCGCCAAUGGAGAUAGAAGCAGUACUUCUCAAACAUAAUGGCGUUCGUGACGCAGGCGUCGUGGGAAUGCCUGAUGCAGUAGCAGGCGAGAUGCCUCUCGCAUUUGUAGUACCUCAACCCGGCGCUAACCUAACCGAUACCGAGCUGCAGGAGUUUGUAGCUGAAAGGUUGUCCAAUCCAAAACGUUUAAGAGGUGGUGUGAAAUUCGUAAAAGAGAUCCCAAAAACUUCUAGUGGAAAAAUCCUUCGAAAGAAUUUACGAGAGAUGGCCAAGACUGUAACAAGUAAAUUAUAA